GCAGUUUCCUCCUGACGAUUGACGAAUCCUCAAAACUACAUCGAUUGAGUGAACCAAUCCCUAUUCCAGGCUCUCCGCUCAUUCCGUCACAUCUUCAAGUGCUGGCCUUGAUCUUUGACUGGGUUGGGCCUGUGUGGACAGUGGGCAAGCAGCCAGCCUCCAUCCCUCGAUCGGACUCACGCAUAUCAUCAUCCCUCAUUGAUUGAUUGGCAGUGUUGUUGGUUGACUUGGUGUGGUUCAUCGAGCAUGUUUCACUCGGUUCCUCUGGGAUGGCUGGUGACCAUUUGGGGGGUGUUGGGCUGGGCGUGGCUGGGCCUGGUGAUGUCCCAGGGCAUGAAUAGUCGGGAAUUCAUGAAGCGGGAACACUCCCUGGUCAAACCUUACCAAGGCUCUGGUUUCGGUAUUCCAAAUUGGGAUUUCCAAGGAAGCACCAUGGUCACUGGGACACAUGUUCGUCUAACAGCAGACACUCAAAGCCAGCAAGGCGCCAUCUGGAACAGAAUUCCCAUUCUCAUGCCCAACUGGGAGCUACAGGUCCAUUUCCGGGUCACUGGCACCACCAAGGAUCUUUUCGGCGAUGGUUUUGCCAUUUGGUAUACUCGGGAUCGUAUGGAAAACGGACCCGUAUUUGGUUCUAAAGACAUGUUUUCGGGUUUUGCUAUCAUCGCUGACACUUACAGCAAUCACAAUGGACCCCACAAUCAUAAACAUCCGUACCUUUCUGCCAUGAUCAAUAAUGGCACCAUGAGCUACGAUCAUGACCGUGAUGGGACCCACACCAUGAUUGGAGGCUGCGAGGUCAAAUUCCGAAAUAUGCAACACGACACCUUCCUAGCGGUUCGUUAUGAGAAUGAAGUUCUCACCGUCAGUCAUGAUUUAGAAAAUGACCGGGCAUGGACGCAAUGUCUCCAAGUCAAAGACGUGAAACUACCCACGGGGUAUUACAUCGGAGCUUCAGCCACAACAGGCGAUCUCUCCGACAAUCACGACAUCAUCUCGAUGAAGGUGUAUGAGAUAGAUGCCACGGAGGAGCAGCUCAAGGAAGAUCGUUCCCACAUCAACCCGUCCUCGACGUUUUUCCAGCCUCCGCGCGAUCACGUGGACGAUCCGAAGCCAUCGGCCAUGUCCGGAUUCAAGACCUUUGUCUUGCUUCUUUUGGGGGUGUUGGUCUGUGUGGGCUGUUUGGUGGGUGGAAUCAUGAUUUACCAGAAACAACAAGACAAUUCGAGGAAACGAUUCUAUUGAUAAGAGUAUUGUUUUCUGGCCAUUCUUUAACCAAACAUUCCGAGGCUGGUUGGCCACAAGUUCACAAACCCGCCCAUGGGUUGGGUUCUCCUCCCUCAGAGACGAGGCGCUUCAGUCAGCAGUGCUGUGAAAUCUUUUCCUAGAGCAAUUCUUGUGGAACAUGUCUUAAACUCUUACGUCUUCUCCGUUAAAUUGUUUGCAAAGUGUGGCUUUUUGUGAAAUCGGCGUAAUACUUCGAUUGAGAUUGAUUAUCUAAUGUAAUCAUUUGAACUAUCAAAAAAUAAAAGAAUAAAAUGUU